AAGAAGAUUGUCCACGUACACCCACCGUAUUCAGCCAUGCAAAAUCACCGCAAAUGCCAAUAUAUAUAAGUGAUACACUUCUCUAUUUUCUGACCCUUAUCGAUCAACAUCAGUUUGCUCAACAAAAACACUUCCUCCAGAAAUCGAAACCGAAUCAAUUUUCAUUGCUCAAAUGGGUAUGGUAUUUGGCAAAAUCAACGUCGAAACUCCAAAUCACGAAGUAAUUAAAGCCACGGCCGACUACGAAAUCCGGCGAUACCCACCAGCCGUGGUGGCCCAAGUCACCUACGACCCGUCCGAGUUCCGAGGCAACAAAGACGGUGGUUUCACUCUCUUGGCCAACUACAUAGGCGCUUUGGGCGACCCCCAGAACACCAAGCCGGAGACGAUCGCCAUGACUGCUCCGGUGAUCACCAAAACCGGCGAGAAGAUUGCCAUGACGGCUCCGGUGGUGACAAAGACCGAAGGAGAGGAAAAGAAGAUGGUGACUAUGGAGUUUUUGUUGCCUGCGAAGUACCAGAGAGCAGAGGAGGCGCCUGCGCCAGUGGAUAAGAGGGUGGUGAUAAGGGAAGAGGGGGAGAGGAAGUAUGGGGCGGUGAGGUUUGGUGGUGUGGCUAGUGAUGGAGUGGUGGAGGAGAAGGUGGAGAUGUUGAAGAAAGGGUUGGAGAGAGAUGGGUUUAAGGUGAUUGGGGAAUACUUGCUUGCUAGGUAUAACCCACCAUGGACUUUGCCUCCUUUUAGAACUAAUGAGAUUUUGAUUCCUAUUGAAUGAGAGAGUCACAUAGUGUAUGUAUGUAUAAUGUAAUGUAUGAGCACUAUAUAUAAAUAUGAAUUGAGAUUGGUAGUUUAACUCCAACCUUGUAUGUUCUGGGUUUUGUAAUAUGGUGUUGUUGUAGAAUAAGAUUGUAUGGUUUUGACUUUUCAAAUGAUAAGCAUAGCAUAGCUUGGUUUUGGUUCCCAGAAGAAA